CCUCUGACUGUUUUAAAUUCAACCAUCAACAAUGAUUAGUAGUAUGAGUAUAUGGUCACAAAUGCGUAAUAAGACUACAAAUCACUAGGACAAGUCAACGUUCUCGAGAAUUUGAACGAACUACGAAGCGUGAGGACUUGCGGCGAAUGAAGCGCUGGCACCGCCCCGGCGUGGCAGCCUGACACGGCUUUUGUUCCGUCAGUGGCUCCGUUCCUGGCAGUUGGCAUCUUGCACGUUUUGCAGUUCUGAGUUCUGGAAAGCAGUGACAAAGUGCCAGUAAUACUGUAAUACUUCUUCGCAUUUCGAUUUCAGUAUGCUUUCUUCGUGUCAGAGUCAGUCAGACUCAGACUUGUUCCGAAUUUCUAGUUAGUUUCUAAGGUUUCUUAAGUUGUACCAUCCCUUUUACCAUUGAAUUUUCAAGCCCGCCGCAUUCCAGUUACGGAGGCCAUGUGCGAUUCGACUGUGUUAUCGCCUUCCGAGCACGAAGAAGACCUGGGAAUCUGGGAACGACAGUCGGUCGGAGCUGCGCCUACCAUGGACCGAAUGUCGCACAGUGACGCCACACCGUCAGCCCAGUCCUCGCCAGGGAACAGCCGGUCGAACCAGGAACCUCUACACGGUGUUACGGAAGCGACUCUGCCAUCGGACCAAGGCAGGGGAUCUGCAGAAAACAUGGAGAAAGUCGCGGCAGACAGCACACGUCCUUGGCUGAAAUUCUGUGCUGCGUUGGAGAGACCCGCCGACAAGGUUAGGAAUGUGAAGAAGCUCAGCAUCCGCGAUAAAAUCCGCCUUCGCCGAUCGACAACAACCAACAUGGACCACGUGCUGCUGAUGGGCACAGUCAGCUUCGUGCUGGAUCCGCUGGCGUGCCCCUACGCUGAAGAGGAGGCCUGCAAGAAAUUCUUCGCGACGUCCCCGUCCUUCCUGAAGGCGCAUCUGCAGAACAAGCACGAUCUGAAGAACGUCCUGCUGAACUUUGUGUGUCCGUGUCCGGCCAAGUGCAACGCACGCAAAGAGUGCGCGACGGUGCUCUUCGACCCCUCGCACAUGAACUCGCACAUGACCGCGCACCUGGAAAGGCGCCACCGCAAGUACUACGAGGCCAUGUGCGUGGCGCUGCUGUCGGCCGAGCCGCUCCCCGGCGAAGACCCGGAAAAAGUCAAGACGCGUCUGUACUACAGAGAGCGCGCCCGCCGCUUCACAUUCCCGGCGUGGACGCGCGAGAAGGACAAGAUGUUCCCCAGCCAGAUCAUUCCCGACAGGAUCAUCAUUCCCACGGAAAUCCACAGGCGCGGCGACGGCGUCAUCAAGUACAUCUGCAACAUCGAUCCCUGCAGUGACAGUCACACCGCCAUCGGUGACGGCGGCCCGCAGGCUGCUUUUAACAUGCACGUGCACAUGCUGUUAGAGCACGGAAAAAGAUACGGCCUUACAAGCACGCGCUUCUACCACAAAUGCCCGGCGUGCGGGGAGUUGAUCAAUGCUGCCGACAACCAGCUGGAGACGCACGUGAAGGCGCUGCACGAGGAGCUGCUGCUUGGAGGCCACCGCGGGGAAUUCUCGGAAGACGCCCAAAAGGUUUGCCCCUUCCUUAGGCUUCUUGUCAGACUGAUCAUGUCCGUGGGUCUGCUUGCAAAAGCUGAAAGCGCUGGAGGACAGCAUUCUGUCCCCUCGCAUCGGCGGCGCCAUCACCAACGGCCGGCAGCCGGACGACGACCGCCCCGGCAGCGGGUCGCUGUUCCUGCAGCGCUUCACUUGUCCGGUCAGGCCGUGCGACAAAGAGUUCCUCGGGGACGGCAAGGAGCGGGAGUACAUGCUGUGGCACAUCCGGGCCGAUCACCGCGACGCCUGGAAUGUGCCCGCGACAGAGACCGCAGUGACUCGAGAGGCGGAGGUCUGCACUUUGAAUUUACCUGACUGGCGUCGGGUGUGAUUUCGCAGUGAUGCUUCGCACUUCCGGAUGAACGACUGCCUUUCCUCGUGAAUCUGUGCUCAGACCACGCACGUGUUGUGCCUGUGAUUUAUACUUGAACAUCUUUUUGGUUGUUUUUUGUACUCUACAGACCCUUCGUCGAUCUCGCAACGGUUUGCUCGCUGUCUCGUUAAUCCGAGGACGGCUCGUGCAAGUCCUUUGAAUUUCUGGCUAUUUUAGCUUAAUUCUUGUUCAAUGCUUUUGAAUGAAUGUUAACAAAGGCAACGGGAAUUUGGUUUCAGUGUCGUUACUGUACUUACACUUGCAAUAAUUCCAAAAAUAACUUGCCGUACCGAAUUGCUGUUAAUACUAUCUGAAGAACGCUGUUGUUUUACAGUUUUACUCCUCUCUACAGCAAGGGAAUUUCCGGGAGAAAAAGUUUAUUGCAGUACUGAUUAAGCGACGAG